ACAAGUACGAAGUUCAGUUUGAAAAAUUAUGAAUUCAAAUUCGAUUCAAUUGAAAAACACUUUCAGUUCUAUUCAAAUCCCUACGUAUAAAAUGGGACAAGGGAGUUGGAUACGCAGCUAUUGCUGUACUGGCUGAUGGGAAAUUCCUAAGAAAAUCUUUUGUAAUUUUCCUUCCGACAAUCAAACCCAUCAGAGUUGCAAAAACUGGUAAAGCUGUGGAAAAUCGUUGGCGUUGCUCUGCUUCGUUUUGCUGUCUGCUAUAUGAUGCAUGGAGUGGGCACCGUCUAGUUUCAACUUAAGUUUCAGUGCCAUUGCCCAAUUGCAAGACAAGCUUCACUAAAAUUAAUGCACCUAGGUUGGAAGAGACAUGGGAACACAGUCAUGGUUUAGUACUUUUAGGUGGAAUUCUCAAAAGGAUGCUCAAGAACCUGACAAGGCAGCAGUUGGAGUUUUGGCGUUUGAAGUUGCGGGUUUGAUGUCCAAGGUUUCUAGGUUGUGGCAUUCUUUGAGAGACGAUGAAAUGUUUAGGUUGAGAGAAGUUAUUUUGAACUCUGUCGGGAUACAUAAGCUUGUAUCGGAUGACGAGAAUUAUCUUAUGGAUAUUGCACUAAGUGAGAUAAUGGAGGAUUUUGGACUCGUAUCAAGAUCUGUUGCCCGGCUGGGGAAAAAGUGCAUGCAUCCUCUUUUUCGUCGUUUUGAGCAUUUUGUUAAUGACCCGCUUGAGUAUAGUGUUGAAUGGGUUGGGUGGGAUUAUAGAUUAAUGAAGAUGGAAAGGAAAGUGAAAAAAAUGGAGAGAUUUGUUGCUGUCACAAUGCAAUUGUCUCAAGAGCUUGAAGUUCUUGCAGAACUUGAGCAAACACUUAGGAGAAAUCGUGCAAAUUCUGAUUUUAGUCGAAGAAAAUUGCUCGAGAGUCAGCAGAAGGUGAUGCGGCAACGUCAGGAAGUGAGAAAUAUGCGUGAAAUGUCUCCAUGGAUUAGAAAUUAUGAUUACAUUGUCCGUCUUCUGGCAAGAUCACUUUUAACAAUACUUCAAAGGAUUAUGAAUGUGUUUGAGAUUAGCCAGCUACCUUUCCCGAAGGACGACAUGGUUAAGAAACAUUUGAAUCCUGCUUGUCUUGCACGGAGCCAUUCUGUUUCUGUUAUCAUGCAAUCAGCGGUACAUCCUUCAGAGAAUUUCUUAUGUGGAAUCUCUUCAGGACCUCUUAGUAGAUUAGAUUCAAAGUCAGGAAGAGCAGUUGCGAAGAAAAAAGUAAAAAAGAAGCAGCAACAACUUCUUCAACAGUCAUCCGUUCUUCCUAACUCGAAAAUCAACCCGUUAAAUCAUUUUGGACCUUUCAGAAACUGUGCGAUAAUUGGAAGUGGAACUCCUAUUCUGCAGGACGGAAAACAAGCUAUUGGUGGUUCAGCGAAGUUCACAUUUGACUAUAUGAAAAUUGUUGGUAAAAUGGAGAACCUGAAUGUGAAGUCUCUUACUUGUAGCAAUAGAGUUUAUACUAAAUUAGCUCAAUUCAGUGCAAAGUGUGGGUUGCUAAAUGCCUCAUCUUCUACUCUUGGUCAUGCUGCUUUAGCUCUGCAUUAUGCAAAUUUGAUCAUAUUCAUCGAGAAGUUAGUUUCUUCACCUUACAUGAUCGACUGUGAAUCUCGAGACGACCUUUACGGUAUGUUACCCACAACUAUAAGAGCUGCUCUUAGAAAGAGACUCGAGCCUUAUGGAAGAUCUCCAUCUACAUCAACAUAUGAUGCUUCCCUUGGACGAGAGUGGAUUCUGGCGCUAGCAAACAUAUUGGAAUGGCUGUCUCCACUGGCGCAUAACAUGAUAAAAUGGCAAUCUGAGCGGAAUUUUGAGAGAGAAGAAGCAGUUUCUAGGACGAAUAUUCUUCUGGUGCAAACGCUUCAUUAUGCAGAUCAAGCAAAAACCGAGGCUGCAAUUAUUGAGCUUCUUGUCGGGCUCAAUUACACGAGCAAGGUUAAUCAAGGAGUUGAUCAAAGAGACUGUUCUGAGUGUUCUCGAUGCAGAAAUAAUUACUCUUAUACAUCUAAAAGGAACAAUAGGGUAUACUAACAGCUAAUUACAGGCAUCAUAAUCAAGAAGAUGAGCAAAGCUCAGUCACAAAGCAGAUGAAUUGGGUUCUUGCGAUGCUUUCGAGAAGCUACUACUCAUGCCAGGCCGAGUAGCGGAGGUAUUAUUUUGAUCAAACAUCAUUGCAAUGUUUGCUUCUUUUUUUUUAUGAACAACUGAAUUGCUGUACUUGUUGAAGUCCUUUAUCUGUAUCUAUGGCAGAGGUUUUGGGGACUUUCCAUGUAAAGAUUACCUUUUACCUGUAGUAUAUGCACCGUUUGGAUUUGACGAUAUUUGAAAUUCAUGGAAUGUAAAAUCCAUAGGUUUAAAUUUCUCA